AUGGAGAGCAGUGACACCAUCACUGAGGAGGUCUGCAGGGAGGACGACGUUGGGGACGGACAGCUCCUGGAGGUGGCGGUGGCCGGGUACCCAGUGCUGCUGGUGAGGAACAGGAGGGAGUUCCGAGCUCUGGGCAGCAAAUGUCCCCACUACGGUGCCCCUCUGAGCAAAGGGGUUUUGAGAGGGGAGAGGCUGCGCUGCCCCUGGCAUGGGGCCUGCUUUAACAUCAGGACUGGAGACAUUGAGGAAUACCCUGCUCUGGACUGCAUCCCCAGCUUUAAGGUAACAGUGGAAGAUGGAAAGGUGUUCAUUACAGCAAAAAAGAAGGACCUGGAAAGCAGCCAGAGGGUGAAGGACACAAGCAGGAGGUGCCUCCUCAACAAGAACACGAUGCUGCUGCUGGGGGGAGGUGUGGCUGCCCUGGUGUGUGCAGAGACUCUUCGCCAGGAGGGGUUCACCGGCAGGAUCAUCAUGGCCACCAAGGAGAAGCACGUUCCCUACGACAAGUCCAAGCUGAGCAAGGAAAUGGACUUGAAAGCUGAGGAUAUCUACUUGAGGAAACCUGAAUUCCUCCAGGCUCGGGGUAUUGAGUUCUGGACAGAGAAAGAGGCAGUGUCAGUGGAUUUCCAGAAGCAGAAGGUUCGUUUCAUGGAUGGCUCCUCUCAGAAGUACCACCAGCUGCUCAUUGCAACAGGCAGCCACUCUGGUUUCCUCAAAGUGCCAGGUGCAGACCUGCAGAACAUCUGCACGCUCCAAACCCCAGAGGAGUCCAGCAAGAUCCUGGAGCUGGCAACUGGGAAGAAUCUGGUGAUUGUGGGAGCCUCAUUCAUAGGGAUGGAGGUGGCUGCCUUCCUCUCAGACAGGGCUGGAACCAUCUCCGUGGUGGAGAGAGAGCAGUUCCCUUUCCAGCACGCCUUGGGUCCUCAGGUUGGAGGCGUUGCCAUGAAGAUGCUGCAAAAUAAAGGGGUGAAGUUCCACAUGAAAACAGAGCUGUGUGAGCUGAAAGGAAAGGAUGGAAAGGUCACAGAGGCUGUCCUUGCCAACGGAGAGAAGCUCCCUGCAGAUGUGGUGGUGGUGGGGAUAGGCUCAAUCCCCAGCUCAGCCUUCCUGAAGGGCACCCCCAUUGCCAGAGAUGCCAAAGGUGCCAUCCUGGUGGAUCUGCACAUGCAAACCAACAUCCCCAAGGUCUUCGCUGCGGGGGACGUGGUGACAUUCCCAGUGGCACUGCUGGGUGGGGACAGGUCCAGCAUCCACCACCAGCAGGUGGCUGAGGCCCAUGGUCGCUGUGCUGCCCUGAACAUGCUGGGCAGAGGGGAGGAGCUGCACACUGUUCCUUACUUCUGGAGCACCUUGCUUGGGAAGAGCAUCCGCUAUGCAGGCUGUGGGAAGGGAUACACGGACACUGUGGUGAAGGGCAGCCUGGAGCAACAGAAAUUCCUCAUCUUUUACAUCAGGGAUGGCCAUGUGACUGCAGCUGCCAGCCUCAACUGCGACCCCAUGGUGUCCCUGAUUGCAGAAGUGUUGUACGUGGGGAAGCAAAUCUCCAAAGAAGAAGCAGAGGCCUGUGACAUUGGCAGCAUCACCUCGCUGGCAGAGAGCUGA